AUGUCGCAGGAGGUCGGUAUCGACGUUCAUAGCGGCGAUUUCUCGUCGCUUACCUCAAAGGACCCAAUCCAGAAAUAUGUCAUCUCCGCCUUUGCGGCCAUUACCUUCUACAAUGCGAUAGAGCUCGUCGUGCUUUGUUUCACGACAUUUCAAAGCAUAGUCACUGGUCACUCCCUCGUUCUUUGGUCGCGAUUGCACCUCCUCGUGCAAUCGCAAAAGCUGUUGCAGGGCCUCCUGUACAUGAUCAUUAUCGACAGCAUCGCCUUCCAAAUUCCCACAACAGUCCUACUGUAUGGAUCACUAUCAAAUACCCCCCACUUCGCCAGGGGCUACGACAUCAUGGAGCGGGUCCAGCUCGUCGGCUUUUGCGUCCAAGAGUUCAUUCUUUCCGGCAUAUAUGUAUGGGAAACCAUCAAGAUGCUGCGCCUUCGUCCCGAGAGGUCCCGGUUCAUUAUCCUCACUCAAUUGCUUGUUAUCAAUAUACUCAUCCUCAUUCUGGACGUUGCAGUCGUCGCCAUUGAGUACGCCGGAUAUUAUGCACUGCAGGUCAUGUUCAAACCUGUCGCAUACAGCGUCAAGUUGAAGUUGGAAUAUGCUAUUCUGGGUCGGCUGGUCAAGAUUGCCCAAGGGGCCAGUUCGGAUCCGGAUCCAUUAUCACCAAGUUCUCGCGGAUUCAACAUAACUGCAUCUGGAUUUGACGAAUCGGGUAGUACCGGUGCAGGUGUCACAGUUGUCCGACAGGUAAACUCGGGACCGUUGGUCAGGCGAUGGUCUGGACAGACUCAUGACAGCUUGGGUUUCUGUUAG